CCGAAGGGACUGUUCGGGUGGCUCAACUGUGAACAAGGUCUAGCCCCAUUUUGUGGAAGAGAGACACGAGAGACAAAAAGUUUUUUAGAGAGAGAAACUAGAGAGAGAAAGCAAAGAGAUGAGAAUGGAGAUAUUGAAUAUAUUAUCAAACCCCACGACGACACCUCCAUGGAUGACUCCUUUAAACACUUUCUAUAACAACAAUACACUUUGCAAAUAUAAAUUUAUUUCUAAAUAUGAUGUUUCCGUCUUCUCCUCUCUCUCUUCACUCUCCAAAUCUAAUGCUUCUUCCAAGCUCUCGCACAUGCCUACCUACUCCUCUAACCCAGGGAUUUUUCCUAUGUGCCAUGGCUCCUCGUGGAUGCAAGAAAAGUCAAUGUGUUGUGACACCAAUGCAAACAAUGGGAGGAAGCAGGGUCCAUUGUAUUCAGCUUUACCCAAAACGCCUGCAGAAGUUUCCUCUGUGCAGGACCUUUUUGAAUUUAUAUGCUCAGGUCCCCUUAUGGACAAAUUAGGUCUGUCCAAAGAAAUGGUAGCUGAAUCCAUAGACAAGUGGUUGGCAUAUGGCUCGUACCUCUCUAGAUUGUUUCAGCUCAAUGAAUUGUACCUCACAAUUCCUCAGAAGGCUAGGUUCUAUCACUACUACAUACCAGUCUUCUUUUGGUGUGAAGAUCAGAUUUCUCAACACAGAUCCAUGUACAAAGAUGGGGACGAAAUCCCUCCUUUAGUGAUUGGUUUUAGUGCACCACAAGGUUGUGGGAAGACUACCCUUGUCUUUGCUCUAAAUCAUCUUUUCAACGUGACGGGCAGGAAGACUGCAACAAUUUCCAUAGAUGAUUUCUAUUUGACAGCAGAGGGUCAGGCUAAACUAAGAGAAGAGAAUCCUGGGAAUGCACUUCUGGAGCUACGUGGAAAUGCUGGUAGCCAUGAUCUUUCCCUCUCUAUUGAAACACUGACAGCUAUAAGUAAAUUGACUAAAGAAGGAAUGAAGAUGAAGCUUCCUCGGUAUGACAAGUCUGCCUACAAAGGGAAGGGUGACAGGGCCGAUCCUUCAACAUGGCCAGAGGUUGAAGGGCCAUUAACGGCGGUUCUCUUUGAAGGUUGGAUGCUUGGUUUCAAACCCCUUCCAGCAGAAUUUGUCAAAAGCGUUGAUCCCCAGCUGGAGACAGUAAAUAAAAAUCUGGAAGCUUAUUAUGAUGCAUGGGACAAGUUCAUAAAGGUGUGGAUUGUUAUCAAGAUCAAGGACCCGAGCUGUGUCUAUGAAUGGCGAUUGCAGGCAGAGAUUGCUAUGAGGGCAGAAGGCAAACCCGGAAUGUCUGAUGAGGAGGUACAAGACUUCGUUUCGCGCUAUCUACCAGCAUACAAUGCUUACCUUCCCACACUCUACUCUGAAGGACCAAACGGGUCGGACCCGAAGCGACUCCUUGUCAUCGAAAUCGAUGAGGGGAGGAAUCCUUUUUAGUUAAGUUGGCAACCACAUUUUCUUUUGAAGAAUUAGUAUGAAGCCCAGUUUUGGUCUCUUGUAGAUGUAAUCUGCACUGGCUUCUGUUAUGGAUAAAUCAUGAAUAAUGUGAUAGUAGAGGAAUGCUAAUAAUUGGUAGGAAGUCCAAUUUUCCUCUCUGUUUGUAUAGGGAAGUAGAUUCAAUUCUUUUACUACAAUUUAUAAGUUAAUUAUAUUUCACUCGUGUA